AUGACAAGCAACUCCAAUAACAGCAUUCUGGAUGUCAAGGUUUCCUCAACCCCUCUUCUGUCGUCACCGAUCCAGCAACGUCUGGUCACCAAAGACGGACGCUGCACCCUUCGCCCUCCGCUGUGUCCCUCUAGCUCGUGGCUGGGAGCGCCGAACCGUGCCUGGCUGUUAGCCCUGCAUGACAUGUGGGGACAGUUAGUAGGUCUGCGCUGGAGAUGGGUCCUCUUGGCCUUCUGUGCAUCCUUCAUCGCUCAUUGGCUGCUGUUUGCUUGUCUUUGGUACCUGCUGGCACAUGUCAACGGAGACCUCGAGGUGCCGGAUCAUGACGCGCCCCCAAAAGGGCACGUGGUUUGUGUGAAGCACAUUACCAGCUUCACUGCCGCGUUCUCAUUUUCCCUCGAGACGCAGCUCACUAUUGGCUACGGCACCAUGUUCCCCAGUGGCGACUGUCCCAGUGCUAUAGCUCUGCUGGCUGUGCAGAUGCUGCUGGGACUCAUGCUAGAGGCUUUCAUCACAGGUGCGUUUGUGGCCAAGAUCUCUUGUCCUCAAAAGCGAGCAGCAGGCAUCCAGUUCAGCCAUCAGGGCGUGGUGGGCCAGCACCAGGGUCAGACUUGCCUCAUGUUAAGAGCCACUAACCUGCUGAGGCGCCCUCUGGUGGACGUGAAAGUGAGUGCUGUGCUCUAUGAGGCGCACGAAGGUCAACCCUUGCAUCAAACCUCUCUGGACUUCUAUGUGGAUCAUCUGGGCCAACAUCCUUGCCCCUUCUUCAUCUUCCCACUAACUUUUUACCAUCCCCUGGACUGCCGUAGCCCCCUCUACUCUGUCCUGCGUGAAGGUACAUCGAAUCACUUUGAGCUGGUGGUGUUCCUGUCAGCCUCACAGGAGGGAACAGGCGACACCUGCCAGAAGAGGACCUCCUACCUUCGCCAGGAAAUCCAGUUUGACCGUUGUUUUAUGCCUGCCUUGGCGCUGGAUGCCUGCGGAAGGUAUGUAGUGAGCAACCAUCACUUUGACACUAUGCACUCUAAGGACCCUUUGGACAAGGACUGUGUUGUGCAAAUGAAUGGUGAUGGGAACGACAGGAUGGAGUGA